AUGAAAUUGGAAUUCACUGAGAAAAACUACAACAGCUUCGUGCUGCAGAACCUGAAUAGACAGAGGAAACGCAAAGAGUACUGGGACAUGGCCCUGAGUGUGGACCACCACGUCUUCUUCGCACAUCGCAACGUGCUGGCUGCUGUCUCCCCACUGGUGAGGAGCCUCAUCUCCAGCAAUGACAUGAAGACCACUGAUGAGCUCUUCAUCACCAUUGACUCCAGUUACCUGAGCCCGGUCACAGUGGACCAGCUCCUGGACUACUUCUAUAGUGGCAAGGUGAUGAUCUCUGAGCAAAACGUGGAGGAGCUGCUUCGUGGGGCUCAGUAUUUCAACGCACCACGCCUUCAAAUUCACUGCAACAACUUCCUUAUUAAGUCCAUCUGCCGUGCCAACUGCUUGCGCUACCUCUUCUUGGCCGAGCUAUUUGAGCUCAAAGAGGUAUCAGACCUAGCUUACUCGGGCAUUCGCGACAACUUCCACUAUUGGGCCAGUCCUGAGGGCUCCAUGCACUUCAUGCGCUGCCCCGUUAUCUUCGGCCGCCUGCUCCGUGAUGAAAACCUUCACGUGCUCAAUGAGGACCAGGCUCUCAGCGCACUCAUCAAUUGGGUAUAUUUCCAGAAGGAGGAACGGGAGAAGUAUUUCAAGAAGUUCUUCAAUUACAUCAAUCUCAAUGCUGUUUCCAACAAGACGCUGGUGUUUGCCAGUAACAAGCUGAUGGGCAUGGAGAACAACUCAUCCCAUGCCUCAACCCUGAUUGAGAGUGUCCUGAUGGACCGCAAGCAGGAGCGGCCAUGCAGCCUGCUGGUCUACCAGCGGAAAGGGGCCCUGCUCGAUUCAGUGGUCAUCCUCGGUGGCCAGAAGGCCCACGGCCAGUUCAAUGAUGGAGUGUUUGCCUACAUAAUCCAGGAGAACCUGUGGAUAAAGCUCUCCGACAUGCCUUAUCGGGCAGCAGCACUUAGUGCCACCUCUGCUGGUCGCUACAUCUACAUCUCUGGUGGCACCACUGAGCAGAUUUCAGGGCUGAAGACGGCCUGGCGGUAUGACAUGGAUGACAACUCCUGGACCAACUUGCCCGACCUGCCCAUCGGUCUUGUCUUCCACACCAUGGUGACCUGCCAGGGGACGGUGUACUCAGUGGGCGGGAGCAUUGCCCCAAGGCGGUAUGUCUCCAACAUCUAUCGCUAUGAUGAGCGGAAGGAAGUCUGGUGCCUGGCAGGGAAGAUGAGCAUCCCCAUGGAUGGCACGGCUGUGAUCACGAAAGGUGACCGGCAUCUGUACAUUGUCACUGGACGGUGCUUGGUGAAAGGUUAUAUCUCCCGAGUUGGGGUAGUGGACUGCUUUGACACCAACACCGGGGAUGUGGUCCAGUGUAUCACUUUCCCCAUUGAGUUCAACCACCGGCCCCUGCUCUCUUUCCAACAAGACAACAUCCUCUGCGUGCACAGCCACCGGCAGAGCGUGGAAAUCAAUCUGCAGAAGGUAAAGGCCAGCAAGACGACCACCUCAGUGCCUCUCUUGCCCAACAACUGCCCCUUGGAUGUGUCUCAUGCUAUAUGCUCCAUUGGAGACAACAAGGUGUUUGUAUGUGGGGGUGUCACCACCGCCAGCGACGUCCAGACAAAGGACUACACCAUCAAUCCAAAUGCCUUCUUGCUGGACCAAAAGACAGGCAAGUGGAAGACCCUGGCUCCCCCACCAGAGGCACUGGACUGUCCUGCCUGCUGCCUAGCCAAGCUACCUUGCAAGAUUCUUCAAAGAAUUUAAACAACAUUUUAAGUGGGAGAAUAAGUAAAAUUAUUAUUCAGAAUUUAAUGAGAAAGAGAGGAA